AUGGACAGUUUCCAUCUUUUUCGUCAGAAGGCGAAGACUGAGGGACUCAAACAGCUGGGCUCCAAUGCUCCUCCAGAUGAGUAUUGCGUCGGAGUCCUGUACGAUGACAAAACACCAGUGAAUGCAAAUGCGAAAAAGGACUUGAUGUGGUUCAAGUGUAAAUUGGAUACCACAGCAGCCUCAAUCUUGAAAGCUUAUGAAAGUGGCGUCGCGCUUCCCCAGAAACUAGCUCUACGAUGCGACAGCUACAUCCUCCAACCAACCGACACGAUCGCCAAACUCAACCCCAACCUUGAUAAGGUGAUUCUUAUCGAGGCAGUCACACUGACAGGUUCAAAACCUUCCAACAAUACCUCGCAAAGGGGUCCACUCCAGACUCGUUCAGAAAAUGAUGUGAUGAUCAAAACUGAGACAGGCACCCCAGUGAAACAGGCUUCUCCGUCACUUAACAGCAUCGCUCAUGCGCUGCCAUACCAAUUGUUGCCACCGCCAGGAAUUGAUAGGCGUCGACUUGUCACUGUGAUGGAUCUCAUUUGCAAAUACGAAGGGACUAGCAAAAACGCUUUGACUGAACAUAAACUCAUAUAUGGAGAAUUAAUGUUGCUUUUCACAAUGGUCGAUUUUAUACAUGAGAAACUCGCCCAACUUCGCGAUAAUCAGGGGGCCAGCUUCACUUCAUUUAAUGUGGCCGAUCGACAAAGUAUUCUGGAUCAGUGGCUUGCUCUAACGCCUGAAGUAUGCCAAUGGUAUCAGAAACGUGCGGUCUUAUUCAUCGACUCGCCUAGUAUCGAAAACGGGUCCGCCACCCAAGAAAUGAUCCGAUUCAAAAACGAAAAUGCUGGUUUCUAUGCGUUCUUUUUCUCGACCAAGGAUAAAUACAAUGCACAUAUCAGUACCUAUGGGACAGAUGAAGCUUUCUUGAUGAGACAUACGGAAUGGAGAGAGAUGAGUCACCGUAAGAUUGCAUUUUGGGUCCGCAACGGUAGGAACUUGCGCUACACGCCGAUCGCCAUUCAAGCCAAUGGCCAGCAGGCUAUGGACAAUCAGGUUGCAGCAGCAGCUUUCACCGAACACAAAACAAGCCGCUCUUCAAACCAAAGCGUGUCUAAACCCAAUGAUCUUGAACCAGAACCUUCCGAACAAUUUAGUCUCCAAAGCCUGUUCACCGAUUGUACUCCAGAACUCCUAGAAGCUGGGGUUAAGCAUGGUGUCGAUCUGCUGGAACGUUUAAAGGAGCCAAUGCGCCGAGUCGUCCCCGAUCUAGAUGCAGCCGAAUGGCUUAAAAGCAUUGAGAAUCUUCAGAAACAAGCAGCACAACCAAAAACAAUUGUUGGAGUGGUAGGAAAUACUGGUGCUGGAAAAUCCUCAGUGAUCAAUGCCAUGCUUGAUGAGGAGCGACUGGUGCCGACUAACUGUAUGCGAGCGUGCACAGCGGUUGUCACAGAAAUCUCCUACAACCAUGAGGAGAUCCCCUAUCGCGCAGAGAUUGAGUUCAUUAGCGAGAAAGACUGGGAAAAAGAGCUUGAGGUACUAUUCAGCGAUCUCCUGGAUAGUAACGGAAACAUCUCUCGUGAGGCUUCGAAUCAAGAUUCCGAGGCCGGUGUUGCGUACGCCAAGAUCAAGGCAGUGUAUCCAAAAUACACACACGAAAUGUUGCAGAAGACUACUGCAGAGAAGUUACUGAAGCAUCCCGCAGUUCAGGAUGUGCUUGGCGGAAAGAGAGCCAUUGCCGAAUCAAAUCCAGCGGAGUUCUAUAAGCACCUCCAGUCUUAUGUCGACAGUAAAGAAAAGACAACGAGUGCACAUGAGAAGAAUAAGUCAACAAUAGAGUACUGGCCUUUGAUCAAGGUGGUUCGGAUUUACGUAAAAGCCGCAGCCCUAUCGACCGGCGCUGUGAUCGUUGACUUACCUGGUGUCCACGACUCAAAUGCUGCUCGUGCGCGUGUUGCAGAGGGUUAUAUGAAGCAAUGCACUGGUUUGUGGAUCGUGGCGCCAAUCACUCGGGCUGUCGAUGAUAAAGCCGCAAAGUCUCUUCUUGGAGAGACCUUCAAGCGACAACUCAAGAUGGAUGGCGGAUUUGAUUCAGUGACAUUCAUUUGUAGCAAGACUGAUGACAUUAGUAUCCUUGAGGCACAAGAGUCAUUGGGACUGGAGCAAGAAAUGGGUGGACUGUGGGCCAAAUCUGAUGAAUAUAACUCGGAAAUUAAAAAACACAAAAAGAGACUCGAUGAGCUGAAGGAAACAAAGGCAGAAUAUACUACAGUUGUGGAUGAAAUUGACGAGCAAAUCGAGAAAUGGGAGGCUUUAAAGGAUGAUAUUGACGAUGGCAAGACAGUCUAUGCGCCCCGUGACAAGUCAUCCAAGAAAAGAAAACGUGGCGGCAACAGCAAUGCUUCGGGCACACCUUCGGGCACACCCCAGAAGAAGCAGCGUUCAUCUGAUUCGGAUCUCGACAGCGAUUAUACCAACAGAGAUAACGAAGAUGAAGCUUAUAGUGAAGAGGACGAGUCUGAGACCCAAGGGGAGCCUCUUUCAAUAGAUGCUAUUGAAGAAAAGCUUUCGGAACUGAAGACGACGAAGAAAGAGGGUCGUCGCCAGAGACAAGAAAUCGAAGCUGAAAUGAAGGUUGUUCGAAAGCAGAUCACAGAACUCAACGAGGUCGAUGCCAAGGUUCAAGCAGAGAUGCGUCACAUAGCGAUCUCUGGCAGAAACGAGUACUCUCGAGGAGCUAUUCAGCAAGACUUCGCUAGUGGGAUUCGAGAGCUUGACCAUGAACUUGCUGAAGAGACCGACGCAUCCAGUUUCAAUCCUGAUGUGGAUGUUCGUGAUUAUGACAAGGUUGCCCAAUCUCUUCCUGUGUUUUGCGUCUCUUCACGGGCGUAUCAAAAGCUUCAGGGACGUUUUCAAAAGGAAGCAAACGUUCCUGGUUUCCAAACCAUUGAAGAAACAGAAGUGCCGCAACUUCAAGCUCAUUGCAAGAAGUUGACUGAAGCGAGCAGAGAAGCAAACUCUCGUCGCUUUUUGAAUAACCUGGAUCAACUCCUAAACUCGCUUCGACUACUAGCCUCUUCGGACAGCCUUCAGGUUACUGACAAGCAAAAAGCGACUCGAGCCGCAAUUGUUGAGAGUACAUAUAAUCAAUUGGAUAAGGCAAGUUCGCGCAUCCUUUUACAACCGAUGUUACUGUGA